AUGUCACUACUUCCAGAUCGUCCAAGACAAUCACUCUUCCCCAGUCGAUCCUUGCAUGGAAGACUCGCACCCGCCGAUCAUCACCCUCGAUUCGGUUCAAAUCCUUCGUUGCGAUCGAAGCCUUAUGAUAAGCCUUUAACGGCACCAAUGCGUACUGCUCCAGACAGUAGAUGGAGCCACGAUCUAUUUGAAGAUGAUUCCAAUCUCUACGGUCCCAAAGUGAGAUACCAGAUGAAAGGGCCGGAUCAGAUAAGCUUUGGUGAAGCUCCUCGACCUUCGCCCUCCUUAAGACCUUUUGGCAACUCAGUACCGACUCCAGCCAGCUUGCCCGUCUCAUCAUUGGCCAAGCCCAUCAGUUCCACUCCAGCUCCGCUUCCCAUUCAACCCAUAGUCUCGCAACAUCUACCGACGUCUAUCAAGAAGCCUCAGCCAGCUCCGAUCAGAUCUAACUCGGGCAUCUCACUCUUGAGUCGAAUCCAAUCUAGUGACACUCAUAAACCUCUCUUGAGUAACGACCCAUCAUCAUCCGCCAUUCUCCUACGUCCCUCGAACAACUCGACCAUCAACACUCCUCCAAACUUUUGGAAGUUGUCCGAUCCCACCCUGAUCAAUCGUCCUGAUCCAUCCAUUCAUCAUAGCCAUCCUCCUCCUCAAGAAAUCAGAAUUCAACAGAGUCAGGCCGCUAAAAAUCAUCAAGCUUUCGACGAGGCUAUGGCUAAAUAUCUUAACGGGCCUGUGAUCUUAGAGGUAGCUAAUCUAGCUGAUGGGACUAGCGCAGAAGACGUCAAGACGGCUUUUGCCGACUUCGGAGAGAUUCAAGAAUGUUCUACUGAGGAAGGCCUUCGACAAGCUAAUCAACCGACACUCAAAGCUCGGAUGAUUUUCACUCACAAAGCUGAAGCCGAAAAAGCAGUCGAAGCAUUAAAUGGUGCAUUAGCGGAUGGUUUAACAUUGGCCGUCAAGAUCGUCGGCCGACCUACCAAGAAACCCGAACGAGCUGACUUCAUGACGCCCUCUUCUCCAGUGGACUUCAAAACACUCAAAUCGGCAGCAGACGCGGCAAAGAAAGCUGAAGAGAACCAUGAUGUGGCGAUGGAAGAUGGAGACACGGGGAUAGUUCCUACAGGUUGUUUAAGGUCUGAAGCGGUUGCCCAAUGUGAUCCUCGAGCGUCAAUUCAAGUAGAGCCCCGACCCCCGGCGAUCUACCAACUGGAACAUCCCAAACCAGCACAGUCCAUCAAGCCUAAUAAUCUGCUCAUGAAUCGGGUCCAGCCACUCGCUCGUCCUACUUCUCAACCUCUCCUCUCUUCUUCUUCCAAUCGUCACCAUCCAGCCCAGUCCUUGUUUUCGGCCCCUCGGAACUCGGCGUUCGGCAAACCGCUUCAUUCUUCUCAUUUGAAUCAUUCUCAUAAUCGUAAUCAUCACAUUCAUCAUUCUGGUUCUAAAUCUUUGUUGGCUAGGAUCAAACCUAUUUAA